CACACACGUCAGCUCGGGGAGGGCAAAAGCCUGCUUAAGAUGCAGUGAAUGUGACAGCCGAGACCAGACUACAGCAGACAGCGCGUGGACGGGGAAAAGGUGAGCGUGGAGUUGGUGGGGGGGCACGAAAAUGCCAGAGGAACCAGCUCACCCGCAGACGUGACGAAGACACACCGAGAAACAAAGGAGGAGGGCACGCGGAGACGCUCAGCUGGUUUCCAAAAAAUACGCGCGGGGGAGGCUGAGGGGGAGAAGAGAGGACUGAGGAGCGGGACGCGGCGCCCUUGUCUGGGGGGGAAAGAUGACAGUGGUGCCAGCAGAGAACCUGGAUGAGACUGUGGCACUGGCCGCGCUGUCAGCCCAGGAUGUCUACGACCCGGAGCGCGUGGAGAACCAGGACUGCUGCGAGCGCGUGGUCAUCAACAUCUCCGGGCUGCGCUUCGAGACGCAGCUGAAGACGCUGGCCCAGUUCCCCUGCACGCUACUGGGGGACCCGAGGAAGAGGAUGCGCUUCUUCGACCCUCUACGGAACGAGUACUUCUUCGACAGAAACAGACCCAGCUUCGAUGCCAUCCUCUACUACUACCAGUCAGGGGGGAGGCUCCGGAGACCCGUCAACGUGCCCUUGGACAUCUUCAUGGAGGAGAUCAAAUUCUAUGAACUGGGGGAGGAGGUGAUUGAGAAUUUCAAGGAUGAUGAGGGGUUCAUUAAGGAGGAGGAGCGGCCGCUGCCUGAGAACGAGUUCCAGCGGCAGGUCUGGCUCCUGUUCGAGUACCCGGAGAGCUCUGGACCCGCCAGGGGGAUCGCCAUCGUCUCUGUUCUGGUCAUCCUCAUCUCCAUCGUGAUUUUCUGCUUAGAGACUUUACCUGAGUUCAGAGAAGAACCCAGAUCGUAUGGCGACCAGCUCGCGCUGAAUGGAACCACGCGCGCAAAGAAGCCAAACCCGUUCACAGACCCGUUCUUCAUCGUGGAGACGCUCUGCAUCAUCUGGUUCUCCUUCGAGCUGCUGGUCCGGUUCCUGGCCUCCCCCAGUAAGCCUGCGUUCUUUAAGAACAUCAUGAACACUAUUGACAUCGUGGCCAUCAUGCCCUACUUCAUCACCCUGGGUCUGGAGCUCGCGGAGCACCAGGGGAACGGACAGCCGGCCAUGUCUCUGGCCAUCCUCAGGGUCAUCCGCCUGGUUCGGGUGUUCCGGAUCUUUAAGCUCUCCAGACACUCAAAGGGUCUGCAGAUCCUUGGGAAGACCCUGCAGGCCAGCAUGAGGGAGCUGGGACUGCUCAUCUUCUUCCUCUUCAUCGGGGUCAUCCUCUUCUCCAGCGCGGUGUACUUUGCGGAGACGGACGACCCGGAGUCAACCUUCAGUAGCAUCCCGGACGCGUUCUGGUGGGCCGUGGUUUCCAUGACAACGGUGGGUUACGGGGACAUGUGUCCGGUCACCAUCGGCGGUAAGAUUGUGGGCUCUCUGUGCGCCAUCGCCGGGGUGUUAACCAUCGCGCUCCCGGUGCCCGUCAUUGUCUCCAACUUUAACUACUUCUACCACCGAGAGACCGAGCACGAGGAGCAGUUCCAGUAUACGCACGUCACCUGCGGCCAGCAGCAGCCGUCGUUUGGGGAGUUCAAGAACAGCGACAGCAAACUAAGUCUGUCCAAGUCUGAGUACCUGGGCAGCGAGGACGCGGACUCGAUCAAGUACACCAACUGCAGCCCGCACAAAGCCUACACCGGGAAGCUCACCGAUGUCUGAUUGAACCAUGAAUUACGCGUCAGUGGCGCGCGCUGAAGGGAUCUCUCAGUGCCACAUCUCGCGCUCUUGCUUUGAGCUCCUUAUUUCUGCCAUAAAAGGGAUUCAUUUCAGUCACCAUUGAGGAUGGAUUAUCAGACAAAUCACCUUUUAUUGACCUGAAACUGUCUUCCAUUACGCGCGCGUCAUGAGCAGGGGAGAGCUUCGGAAUGAUCAGCCUGUAGCCAGCUGUAGCACUUUAAUAUUAUAAUUAUUAAUGCUUCUCUUAGUAAAUGCGUAAUUUAUUGCCCUAAUAAUGCAGGUUCAAAGUUUACAUUUGCUUUUUCUGAGACACAACACAGGACCAAUUACAUCUAAAUUUACACUCUGAGGCAGGAGGCACAUGGAGGCUGUUUUUGUUAUGGUCCCACACACUCUCUCUCUCUCUCUCUCUCUCCCCCUCACAAAUACACACAUAAACACACACACACACACACACACACACACACACACACACACACACACACACACACACACACACACACACACACACACACACACACACACACACACACACACCUGUUAUUUCCCUCAUGUACUUUCCACUCAGGCUCAGAGGAUGUGCAGCAGGCUGGAUGGAUCUUAAAUGAAACCGCUUUGAUGCCAGGUUUCAUUUUAACCCCUCAGGCUGCUGCACACACACAGCCUGCAAGACACAAAUCAGGGGCACGUUCUCCCCGUUUCUGACGUGCGGAUUUAAACGUUCAGACUCCAGGAGGUUAAAUUAUUCACACCAGCCUGCCUGUAGAAAUAUUAUGAAAACAGAGGCAGCGUUUCCCAAACCAAGAGCGCCCCCGUGUGGAUGAACCGAGGCCCUGCAUCUCAAUCCAUGUGAUGCAGUUUCUAUAGCAACCUUCCAGACUUUUCUGUAUUGUCUGCCACAGGAGGGGAAAAAAGGAAGCUGGAGCUAGAGAAGAGGCCAGAAAACCACCAUGUUGUGGGAGCCUCCAUGUUGUUUGAUUCAGUCUGACGCAUCGUCUCUGUCUGUAAACAAAAAAUCUGAUCAGAAAUAUCAAAUGUGAUGAAUUUACAGGCAGGUGUUUGACCUGUUGUCCAUGCACCUUAGUCCCACAGAGAAGAUCAUGCAUUUGAAUGCUCCAAACUUGACUGCCGCUAAUUAUGCUCUAAUUAUCUUUCACUUUUGUCUCACAGUGUUUCUGAAAAAUAAGAAAAUGCUCAUUUUUAAGUUCUUAGAGACCAAACUGUGGGGUUGAAAUUGUAGAUUAUACCAAUCAGGAAAACUCCUGAAAUGACUCAGUUAAAGAAAGAAAGGAAAUCCUGCCAGUAUGUAGUGGAACAAAUAUAUUGUGGAUGUUCUGGAGCUCAUAUGAAAACUGAUACAGACUACUAUUUGAGGAAAAAAGGCAAAACAUAUCAGCUGAUAUUCAGUUAUGCAUUGACACAUAUUUCAGUCAUGAAAUUUAUUAUUUUGCCAUGUUAUUGUUGUCAUCUGAAUGAUAUUGACAGCUCUGCAAUGAUCUGAAAAAUAGUAAAUGAUUGAAAAAGAACUAAACUUAGUACAUCAGAGGCAUGAUGGGUUUUUAUACAACAACAAAAAACAGAUUGAUAUUUUAGAACAUACCCAGAUAUCUAAAAAUCCUAAUCAGCUGUUUUGUCAGGGUGUAUCUGCACAGUGAAAGCAGGUGAGCUGUUGUGUUUGAAGUCGCAAUGAUUAGUCAUUAAAAGCACCUAACUCAUCCAGAGUCCAGGGACGAGUCAUCCAACCAAACCUCGUGGAAAAAAAGAAAGGAGGAUUUAAGAAACUGAAGGAAUAAAAGACAGUGAAGGCCUCACAUUCAUCAUCCUGUUUGCUGGAUUAUAAACUGACAGACUGAUGGAGUUAAACUGCUGAAUCAUCGACACAGACGGAUGGAUGCAUGAUGACAAAUGGAUUCACACCACUGCAGGCCUGAACACACAGAGAGGUGAUGAACCAUGAGCCACACCUCCACCUCCCCACUUUCCGCCAAACCAAAAGAGUCCAUCACUGCUUCCUCCACCCCUCCUCUACUUCUUCUUCUCCACCCUUCCACUGAUGAAGGUGAAAAAACAGAAAAACUCUGACACUCAUAGGAAAUCACGCAGCUAUGAGACGCCUUUCCAUUAAAGAGGACAUCCCGACUGAUUUUUUUGCACAGUGCAAAGCUCCAGUCGGACUCUGAGGUACGACAAACGUUACUUGAAUCAUCUGUUAAACAUAUUUGCAACACGUCUGCUGGCUAACGGAGUCCUCCAUGUACUCAUGAGUAGAUGUUUUUUGGGAGAUUCCUCCUCGUGCUGUAGAGAAAAGAUCCUGUGAGUCCUGUCUGUACGUUGCAUAUCAUAUUCAAACCAAAACAUAUUACUGCAUGCUUGGAAAGUAGAGCAUGUAAACAGAAGAUAUUGACUUUUAUGUUGACGGCUCAAACCCAGCAACGCUAAUCUGCAACAUGGGAACAAUAACAACAACAACAGCUCAUCCAUUCUGAGUUUAUCACAGUAAUUCUGUUAAUCUGGUGGUGUUGGUUUCUGAAUCUCUAUUUUUUAAAGUCAUACUGUAUAUGUUUUAUAUGGAGAGGAUUUAAUUCACCUCUUGAAUUAUUUUGUAGAUUUUUAACAUUUUUUGCUAAUGUGUUUGAUUUUUUUCCAAUGUUCUUUUGUUUUGUUUUUUUAUUUUCUGCCUUGGUAAAAACAAAGCAGCUCCAGCGGGCAGCUCUGAUGAAAAUGUCUGCCUGCCAAAAAACACUUUGAAGAAGAGAGAACCCGCCCUUCUGAGGAGAAUGUCUGAGUGGAGGAUUUACAGUUGAAUUGCAUUUAUCGCAGACAUUUUCACAUCUGACUUUUUUUUUUUUUUUUUUCUGAUGAUUUUGAAUGUUUCUGAUUGUGUUAUGGUUUUGAUCAAAAUGCUGUAUAUCUGUUGAAACAUCUACCUCAGUGUCCGCUCAUUUUACGACAGAAGCUUUAACACCUGAAUGGCGUCGGUGUCACUCCAUUACCUGAACACUGUCAUCACACCUGGGUGGAAAAGUCUCGAAUUAUCUGGUGCAAUCUAAGAAACCCAAACAUUUAAACUGCCAUAAAAUAAAUGAGAGAAGACUGAAAACAUGCUUUAGAGUACAGAAAACCAUACAAAUUAUAGAUGUAUAUUUAUGAAGCCAAUAUUGGCUUUCUAAUAAUAAUAAUAAUAAUCCAACUGAUAACAGCACAUAACGUCGAGCCUGACAUAAUUAAUUUGCACAUUUUAAUAAUUUAUGUACGAAAUUGUAAAAAGGUGAUUGUGGUUGAGUGACUGUCUAUGAGUAUUUGUUUAUUUAAGGGCAAUAAUGUGCUACAGAGAUUUUCAACUAUUUAAUAAAGGGAGCCUGUCUUAAAGAUGAACUGCUAAAUCCAAUGCCGAGGUCAGACUACAAAGUCUUUCAGUCUGUUGGGUGGGUCACUGACAGAUUGGAUGAUCACAGCGCCAUUAAUUCAUGCCGUGACUUGACCUUCAGACAUAACAGAUAACAUGGUGGUACCUGAUGGAUUAAUACGACUGAUUAGAUCGGUUGUGGUCGUUCCAGCACCAACUUUAUCAUUCUUCUUUCAAUUUGCCAUUUUGUUUGUUUACGCUCAUGACUUUGAGGGCUCUGAGCUCUCAUUGGUCAAUGUCACAGACAUGACAAUUACAUCACAGAUGGCAGAAAGAAAAAUCAAACAAGUGGGUCAAGAAAUCAGAUAUCUUUCACCUUGGGCUGUGGUCCUCCUUAUAAUAUGUAGUCUGACCUCGGCAUAAGAAUAUUUAUAAUUUCCUGAGGUUAUAAUUCUGAAUUUUUGUAUCACCCAUCGGUCUAAAAUUCAGUCUUUGGAGAGAAGUUUGAUACCUGGACUAGUCUGACAUUGGAAGAAUCUGAAAACUAUUAAAAAUGAAGGAUAUUUCUCUGUGUGAACAGUACAAGUUUAAGUCCUAGAUGUGUUUAGCCUAGCUGAGCACAAAGGCUGGAAAAAGAGAAGAAGUGUUAGACUAACAAUGACUUCCAACAACUCCAAGCUCGCUUAACUAGCAUCAUAUUAAGAUCAACUAGUGCUGUAGCUAACUGAUUAUGAAAAGAGCAGCUUUAGCCCUCCAAGACCUAGACAGCCAGCGGCUGCAACUUGUUCUUAAAUGAUUGAUAACUUUUGAACCACUAAUCCUAUCAACAAGCUUUAAAAACUCAGUUACAGCAGACAUUCUCAGCUUCACAUUGAUACCACAUUGUCUCAUUCAGCAUAUUCAAAAUAAAUUCAGGAUAGUCUGGCGUCCCCAGAAAUGGUCUAGGUCUUUAAGGGAUACGAAUGAUAGUCAAAAUAAAUACUCCAAACUUUAGAUGUUUGAAAACAGCCCUGACGUGACCAGCAUCACAAAGAUGAAAGGGCCUGUUCAUUGCUGUUUGUGGUUUUAAUAUUAUGGUAGUUGUUUUAAGCUAACCAGCAUUAAGACAACUUUAGCUUAGAUUAGCUAAAGGAUUGUUAGCAUGGAUAGACUGAUAGCCUAUCUAGAAUAAUUAUCAAUCUUUUGAUCAUGUUAAGCUAUCUGAUUAAGUCUUACUGGUGGUACUAUUUUUCAAUAGUUAGCCGCCUAACUUCAUGAUGUGGCUGCCUGUUUUUAGCCCCGUCUCAAUGCUAGCCACAAGCGCCUUGGCUUUAUGAUUCCUACAACUUCUAGAGUAAGAAAGCACAUUUGGAGUUGUUGGAUUUUGGAUGGAGCUCAACCAGCAGACUCUCUGAUAGGCUAAACACAUCCUGGACUGAUCUUUGUGGAGAUGUUUGAAAUUAUUCAAUAUCUUUGUCCUCAUCUAAGUCUAAACAUGACAGAUAAAAAUGUGUCCCCAACUGUUCCCAAAAUGUUUAACUAACUUAUUAUCCUCAUCAUCACUAAACAUCGGGACUAGACUGUGAAACUUCCUCUUCGUCAAACCUCUAACAUCAGCUCUGCAGUCUGGUCUCGUUGUAUUUCUGCUUGGCUUAGACAUAAAAACAGCCGGGGGUGAUUUCUGUCUGACAGAGUUACUGAUGAGCUGUGACGAGGCAUUAAGUUGUGAUGAUUAAUGUAUUCUGCAAACUGUGCAACAAUAAUAAUACAGUGAAUCGCUUGUGAGUGCAGCAAUGUCGUAUGACUAUGACUACAGUCAGCCUGGUCAGAUUUCCACUCAGUUAAGCAUCACUUCAAAUUCACCACAUGUAACGUCCAUCGGAGGACAUUUUCAUGCUUCAUUAUCGACUGCAGAGUUCAGUUCAGGUUCGUCCCUAAAUUGUCUCAUUUCAUGCAAAAUAAGAGAAAGCAAUAGUGUGAGUGAUUUCUGUUCUCUGGGAACUUCAGUGUGGAGGCAUUUUGAUUUCAUUUUCUUAUUUCCAAUUAUUGUUGCCAUGAUUAUUUUGACAAUCUUCAAUUGUGAUCUAUUUUUGAUAAAAUAAAUCUUUGAUUCUGAUCA